ACGAGUUGUGGCAUGAUGAAAACCUCUCCCUCUGCGUCUCUGCGGGUCAAACGCAAAAAUGUUCGCCAGAUCAGAAAACAUCUAUGCCUAAAUAGAGUCAGCGGUCAAGACACUGAGGGUUCACUGUUGAAGGUCCAGUCCAGUCUGUGCGACUUAAGCUACACUAAAAUGCCUACGGCGACUGUCAUCCAGCGCCAGGAAAUGACAUCGUACUUGCAUCUGUUUGAUGAUGGCCUGAUUCAAGACUUUCUGAGGGUGGACUGUUGCUACAAAAUGACAGACAAGUACCUUUUAGCUAUGACCUUUGUAUACUUCAAACGGGCUCACUUCACUAUUGCUGAAUACACCAGAAAGAAUUUCUUCAUUGCACUUUACCUUGCCAACACUAUGGAGGAAGAUGAGGAGGAGAGUAAAUAUGAAAUCUUUCCGUGGGCUCUGGGCAAGAAGUGGAGGAGGCUGUUUCCUCGCUUCCUCAAGCAGCGAGACGAGCUGUGGGCUCGCAUCCAGUACAGAGCUGCUGUCAGCAGGCGCUGCUGUGAGGAGGUAAUGGCCAUCGUGUCUUUUCACUUUGUGUGGCAGCGACAGAGAUCUGCUCACCACAGUGGGGCUCAGCGGCAGUACGGUGAUCAGGACCACACUCGUUUUCCCCGUGGGCCCUUUGCCUCCCCUGUUUCCUGUCCCCUGUGUAACUAUGACAGUAGACUGCGCCACACCUCCUCCUCCAGCUGCUCUCCUCAGGCUGUGGACGGCACCUAUCCACACCCGUUCACCUCUGCCCUUGGUUUGGAGCUCACCCCAGUCAGGAUCACCGCCUCUCACGGGAAAGCCAAGGCGGAUAAAAGCAAGCAGCAAAAAUCCUACUGCUCCUGUCCUGAAGAGGUUCCCAGGGAGUCUUCUUCCUGCGAAUCCUCACUGGACGCUUUCUUUGACUGGAUCAACGAGAUGUAA